GGAAAACAAAGCAUUUAAAUUAUCACCGCUCGAGAAAAAAGGGCAGCUUUUUCCUUCCCAACUUAAACUCACACACAACACAAGGACUCUGAAACAUGGAAUAAGCUCAGAUAGGGGUACAACACAAAAGAGAGUCGUUGAGAGGAAAGUGUAUGUAGGAGCUUGAUCAUCAAUGACAAAGAAAGCUUUGUGCAUUCUUGCCCACAGAUCUUUCUCCACUGCAUUUACUCCUGAAGUUCCCAGUCUUUACUCCUUUCUCCAACCUUCAGUCUUUUCCAUCAAAAACAACCACCAAACCACUUCCCUACAAGAACAGUCCAUUAACCUGCCAACUUCCCCACCACCGUCCCUAAGCCCAAACGAGGUUGCUACCCUCCAAACCACCCUACACAAGUCCAUCAUCACCAGUAACACUGAUGAGGCUUGGAAGACCUUCAAAUCACUCACCAACCAUCAUGCCUUCCCUAGCAAGCCCCUCACCAAUUGCCUUAUAACUCACCUGUCCUCCCAUGGGGAUAGCCUUAACCUCAAGAGGGCCUACGCCUCUGUUGUCUAUGUCAUGGAGAGGAACCCCAUGGUGUUGGAGUCUCAAACUAUCCAUUCCAUGCUUUGUUCCAUGAAGGGUGCCAAAACUGUUGUGCCUGCUUUUGCCCUUGUGAAGUGCAUGUUCAAGAAUAGGUUCUUUGUCCCUUUCAAUGUGUGGGGGAGUGUCCUUGUUGAGAUCAGCAGGGAAAACAAUAGCCUUGUUGCUUUCUUGAGAGUCUUUGAGGAGAACUGUAGGAUUGUCUUGGAUGAGAAGUUGGAGUUCAUGAAGCCUGAUGUCACUGCUUGCAAUGCAGCACUGGAAGCUUGCUGCUGUGAGCUUGAGUCAGUGAGUGAUGCUGAACGAGUUGUCGGGACGAUGUCAGAUUUGGGUGUUAUACCUGACGAAUUCAGUUUUGGAUUUCUUGGUUAUUUGUAUGCAUUGAAGGGAUCACAUGAAAAGAUAGAUGAGUUGGAGGUUUUGAUGAGAAGGUUUGGUUUCUUGCCCAAGAAGGGGUUCUAUUCUAAUUUGAUUAGUGGAUAUGUUAAGUCGGGCAAUUUAGCUUCUGUUGAGUCAUCUAUUCUCUGUAGUUUGAAUGAUAAAGAUGGUAAAGAAUGGAAUUUUGGUGAGGAAACAUUCAUUGCAGUGGUUAAGGGGUAUCUUCAGAAGGGAGAUAUUAAAGGAUUAGCUAAUUUAAUUAUUGAAGCUCAGAAGCUCGAGCCUUCAAAUGUUGUAGUUGAUAAUUCUGUAGGUUAUGGUAUUAUUAGUGCAUGUGUUAGUAUUGGACUAUCUGAUAAAGCACACAGCAUUCUUGAUGAAAUGAAUGCUCUGGGUGGCUCUGUUGGUCUGGGGGUUUAUGUACCAAUCUUGAAGGCUUACUGCAAAGAAAGUCGAACUGCCGAGGCUACUCAAAUGGUGAUGGACAUUAGUGGUUCAGGUCUUAGGUUGGAUGUUGAAACCUAUGAUGCUCUCAUAGAAGCAUCCAUAUCCAUCCAAGAUUUUCAGUCAGCCUUUUCGCUGUUUAGAGACAUGAGAGAGGCAAGGGUUCCUGACUUGAAAGGGAGUUACUUAACUAUCAUGACGUGUUUGAUGGAGCAUCAUCGUCCUGAGUUGAUGGCAGCUUUCUUAGAUGAGGUGGUUGUGGAUCCUCGGAUUCAAGUAGGUACGCAUGACUGGAACUCCAUUAUUCAUGCUUUCUGCAAAGCUGGGAGACUAGAAGAUGCAAGAAGAACUUUUAGAAGAAUGAUAUUCUUGCAGUUUCAGCCAAACGAUCAGACAUACUUGUCACUGAUUAAUGGGUAUGUCUUGGCAGAGAAAUAUUUCAAUGUGCUGAUGUUGUGGAAUGAGGUUAAGCGAAAGCUAUCAGGAGACGCACAAAAGGGGAUCAAAUUUAACCACAGCCUUGUUGAUGCAUUCUUGUAUGCUAUGGUCAAAGGAGGUUUCUUCGAUGCAGUUAUGCAGGUGGUCGAGAAGUCCAAUGAGAUGAAGAUAUUUGUUGAUAAAUGGAGAUACAAGCAAGCAUUCCUGGAGACUCACAAAAAGCUCAAAGUUGCAAAGCUAAGAAAGAGAAAUUCCAGAAAAAUGGAAGCAGUCAUUGCUUUCAAGAAUUGGGCUGGCUUAAAUUCAUGAAUUCAAAUGUUGGCAGCUACUUUCUCAGGCAUUUACCUUCUCAUCUGGAAGAACCAAACUCAAAAGAUUGUCAAGGUUGAGCUUUCAAAGGCAAGAUGAUGAGUUUCUGCAAUGCUGAUGUUAUAAUGGAUAAUGGCAAUAUAAAAGAGCUAAUGAUAGCUUUAAUUGAAGCAUAUGCGAGCAGAGAUUGGCAGCGCACAGACGAGGCAGAUAGAGGAGCCGGUUAGAAGGGGGGAGACGAGGUGGUGACCAUGCGGUGGCGACGAGUAAGGGACAGAGGAGAGAGACGCUGAGGUUCAGAGUCGUUGUGUUUUGUGUGUGUCUCUGAGUUUGAGAGUGCUGAGGAAUUUAGAUUUAUCUAUCUUGUGCUCUCCCAUGUUAAGUUUACAAAUUGAAGCAAACAAAUGACUUCAUAUCUUACAUGCUUUCAUAGUAAUCACAUUUGAUUGAAACAAGUUUAUUUUGGUUAGAGUGUAUUCUAAUAAUAUUUACAGUCAUUUGUUCU